AUAGAGAAAAAGAAGAUAACAAUCUCGGCCAUGUUCAGUGGAGGCAAGGGCAUGGGAGGUGGAGCGGGAGGGGGAAGCGUGUUGAGGGUUGUCAGGAAGGCGGUUACAAGGGCUGGUGUCAGUGCUGGGAAUACUCUCCAAGAACCCAUAUCUUCUUCAGGAGCCACUUCACCUACUGCCGCUGCUUCUGGGCUUAGCCAUAAGCCUAAUUCUUCCAAUAAUCUUUCUAUUUACUCUUCUGGGUCGUCUCAUUUAUCUCCAUUUAGUGUUCCUUUAUCAUCCAGUUCUGUUGUACCCACUUGUUGGCCUAGUUUUGGUGCUGGGUCUGGCUCUUCCUGCGAUGAGUUCGAGUGGGUGUCUGUUGACGGAAGUCAGGAUGAUAGGGCUUUUGGGUUUGUCGAUGAUUUUGUCCUCGGCCCUGUGCCUUCUGCAGAUGAAGUUCAAUACGCUGUUUCUGCUCUUCAACAGGUCUCUGACGUUGCCCGACACUCUCAGCAUGUCAGGGAUAAAUAUGCUUAUAAUUCUGACAGGGAUGGAGCAAAUUGUAUUCCAAGUUUUACUGAUUCAGUGGGUCGAGUUUCUUCAGUUGGAUCAGAUUUAGAUUGGGUGGAGCCCUCUCAGAAUAAUUAUAACUCAAGAAUGUUGCAACGUCAUGGACGAGACAGAGUAUAUGAUGCUUUUCAUUUACUGCAGACCGAGCCGUUUGUUCAGAGGAUGGUCAUCUCGUUAUCUUCAGAUAAAGCUGUUUGGGAUGCUGUUAUGAACAAUGAUGCGGUCCGACAACUCAAAGAAUUAUAUUAUUCAGAUGAAAGCAUUAAUCAACAUAGUUCGGAUGAGCCAUCUGACGACUCAAAUCCAGCAGUGAACAUUGUUAGGUGGAUUUUCGACAAUACAAAGGCUAAAGUCAUGGAAGUAAUCGAUAACAUUAUGAAGCUUACAAAUGAGUUGUUCAAACCCUCAGACGAGGAGAAGACGGCAACAGGAGGCACGUAUCUAUUUCAGGAGAAGCUGAAAACUUCAUUCCAGCUAGCCAUUGUGGUCCUGCUGAUUGUGAUUGUGUCUCGAGCCCACAGGGCUUGACCAUAAUUUGACGACAUUAUGGGCAUUUCCCCUUUAUGGUGGGCAACUGGAUACUAGUUAAAGUUCCCCACCUGUUGCAUUACCAUUGUCACUUUGGCUGAAGUGUUGCUUUACAAGGCAGAAAUAGAAGUUCGGGCAUUCUGUGAUGCAACGAUAUGGGGUUAUGAUACACUAAUACGCCUUUUUUCAAAAUGGCUGCUCUGUGUUUCUAUUUUAGUUGGCACAUCUAUCUAUAUUUUGCGGAUUUGUUAAUGUUAAAACUCUGAUAAUUUAUUAACAGAG